AUGCGUCUCCGGGAAUCGCUAAUAAAUAUGCUCAGCGAGUUCGUUGGUUUGAAUAAGACACCAGACUUUAAAUUGAACGCCAAAUCGACGCAAUUCAUCGCUGAAGCAGUAGCUGCAGAGUCGAGACGCUAUUCGAAGAUUGAGCUUAGAAUAGUAUCCAAAAAUAAGUUCAGAGCAGAAUCAGAUAUGUGGUUUGCGCAUAAUGCUUCACCGGACGCUCAAAUGCGUCACCGAACGCUCUCAAUGAACACCGAACACCACCGUCGUCCAUCCCAAGAAGUCAGUCUAAAUCCGUCGUUCAGACGCCUCUCUGAGCCAUCCGUACCAACGCCACGCACUGCCACAAUGUCUUUGAUGCCAAAACUUGAUAGAAUCCGAAAGCGCAUCUCGCAGUCAUUCGAGCGUGAUGACAAACGAAGAGAUUCGAUGUUGUCUGAAGAAGACGCUGAAAUUGAAAGUAUGUUGAAGUAUCGUCGCCAAAGACAUCAACGACGCGGUUCUGAAACAUUUUGUGGUUCGGUUGCAGUUUAUUCGAAUAAUUUCGGUGCUAUCAAUACACGUCUUUGA